GCUCCGGGGAGGGUCUGGUUCUGGGGAAGGUUUGGGGACGAGCCGGGCUGGGGCGGGUUUGGGGCGGGCCUGGUUCUGGGGGCGCCCCGCCCGCGGCCGGCCCCGCCCGGCCCACAGGGCCCGCGUCCCGCCGGAGCGGCAGGCAGAGCGUCCGGCUGCCGGGAGGGACGGGGACCUACAGCCCGACGCACGGACGCAGGGACGCAGGGACGCCGGAGCCCACCGGAGCAUGUGGAAGCUGGGCCGGGGCCGGGUGCUGCUGGACGAGCCCCCCGAGGAUGAGGACUGCCUGCGGGGGACACCGCCACAGGCCGCAGCCGCCGCCGCCCAGGCGCAGGUUCAGGGAGCAAGUUUCCGAGGGUGGAAAGAAGUAACUUCACUGUUUAAUAAAGAUGACGAGCAGCAGCUCCUGGAAAGAUGUAAAUCUCCCAAGUCCAAAGGAACUAACUUGCGAUUAAAAGAAGAGUUGAAGGCAGAGAAGAAAUCUGGAUUUUGGGACAAUUUGGGUUUAAAACAGAAUAUACAGCCUAAAAAACCAGAUGAGAUUGAAGGUUGGGAGCCUCCAAAACUUGCUCUUGAAGACAUAUCAGCUGACCCUGAGGACACCGUGGGUGGCCACCCAUCCUGGCCAGGCUGGGAGGAUGACGCCAAGGGCUCGACCAAGUACACCAGCCUGGCCAGCUCUGCAAACAGCUCCAGGUGGAGCCUGCGCUCGGCGGGGAGGUUGGUGAGCAUCCGGCGGCAGAGUAAAGGUCACCUGACGGACAGCCCAGAAGAGGCAGAAUGAGGGGCUGUGGGGCGAGGGUGGCCUUUUAUUAGUACACCAUUGAGUUGUUGAGUCUUUUCUGUGUUAGAGAGAGAGUCUCCUUUUUGCCCGUAUUUCAUAUUCGGACCUCUGCUUCAUAGUUCAUUGAACUCACACACACUGUGACUCCUUGGUGAACACGUGCAGGGAUUGUACAUUUGAUUCCUUAUUGCAGAAAUAUUCACCCACUCAGUCCGUGUUUUGCAGAAACUGGAGAUGUGAAUUUUUGACGCUGUCCCAUAAUACAACAGUAAUGAUUUGCAGUUUGCCACAAAAGGAAUUUCACGCUGCUCUCUGCUGUAGUUCCGUUUCAGAACUUGUGUACAUACAAGACAUUUUUCUUGCAUGUAGCACAUAUGUACCAUCUGUGACACAUGCGAAUGUAGCAGUCAUGCAGUUCUCUUUUGCCAGAAAAUUACAGUCAGGAGGUAAGGUGAAUCUUCCUCAGGUGUGUUAAUUUUGUUUAACUUGGCAAAUUAAACUUUGUUUUUAUUAAAUUAAAAGAUCUGUAAACAAAUACUGGAAAGCAAAGGUUAUAUUUGGGUGGAAAAUGUCAGUAUCUUCAAAUGCAUGCUCGUCUUUUGCUGAGGAAGGAGUAGCCUCUUGUGUGCAUUGGAUGAUAACAGUGGUUCUUUUUUGGGAUUUAAUUUUUACCUCUUUUGAACUUAUCAAUUAGUCCCUUUAUUUUCUUAAAAAAUUUGCUCUCCGCCAGGUGCGGUGGCUCACGCCUGUAAUCCCAGCACUUUGGGAGGCCGACACAGGUGGAUCAUGAGUUCAAGAGAUCGAGACUAUCCUGGUCAACAUGGUGAAACCCUGUCUCUACUAAAAAUACACAAAAAAUUAGCUGGGCAUGGUGGCACACGCCUGUAAUCCCAGCUACUCAGGAGGCUGAGGCAGGAGAAUUGCCUGAACCCAGGAGGUGGAGGUUGCGGUGAGCCGAGAUCACGCCAUUGCACUCCAGCCUGGGUAACAAGAGUGAAACUCCGUCUCAAAAAAAAAAAAAAAAAAAAUUUACUCUAUUUUUUGUUCACAGAUUCAAGAAGUAUGGACAAAUUUUAGUCACUUGAUAAUUUUGUUUAGGAAACAGUUUCUUGCUCAUUAUACAGAGUUAAGACUGUGCAUAAAAUACUGAAGUGCCUCUUUUUUAUUAGGCUUACAUGUUUGUUUUCUCAAAGCGAGAUGCCUGUUAUGACUGGUGUUAGAUCUGUAAGAAGCUGUGUUUCCACCACAAGAAUAACUGAUGACCAAUUUGAAAGCAUCUCUCGUGCUCUUUUUCUGUCUGCUUACUGUCCUUGACGGUGUGAUCCUGCACAGUAUCAGGUGCCAGUUAUGUGACCCUGGCAGGUCGGGUCAUAUCAGUGGGUGUUGCAGACAUCUCAAGUAAAAGUGGUUUGAAAGAAAAGGUAUGUUUUCCUUUUUUGUUUAAAAGCAAAAUCAAACCUCCAGUUACACUGUGCAUUUCCCUCACAUAAAAACAAGACAAAAAUCCUUUCUUGAGUUGCUCGGCAUGCACUUCUGUGCUGUUCCAUGCAUAUGGAUGUUCCUUGAGUUUGUUCCUGUGGAGUAAUUGAGUGUGCCUGAUGGCAGAACACACUGCAGUGUUACCACUGUCUGCAUGUGUUUUAACGUAGAACAGGUUUUCUUGAUCUGUCAUCUAUUAUGGCAACAACAGCAAUUUUGUACCAAUCCAACCCUAACCUAAUCCAUCCAUCCAUCCAUCUAGCUAAAGCAAUAAUCUGUAUCAGUCACUUAUACCUAUCACUCAUCUGUAUCUGUUCUCAAUGUCUAUCAGUCAUCUAUCAGUCUACAUCUGUCUAGCCAUCUGUCAAUCUAUUUUUUUUUUUUUUCAAUAGAACAAGUUUACUUAUCAAGUCUUGAAAGGGGGACAUGCUUCAAGUUGUGUUCAAACAAAAAUUCCAGUUUGUAUUAGAACGUUGAAAUUCUGACGUUAUGGAGGUUUGCUUUGUUCCAUAAUACAGAGAAAAGUUUAUAAUUUUUAGUAUAACAGCUAUAUUGACAAAUUCUAAGUUUCCUCAGGUAAAUAGUUGUAACUCUCCUUCUCCCUAGAGAAUUGCUUGCGGGGACAGUACAAACAUUGCCCAUGUCAUGGCUUCUGCAAUACUUUGAAGCAGAAGUCAGCCUAGGGUUGUUUCUGGCUAAUAUGGUCUUGCUGCGCAGGAAUGUAAACACUGUGUUUGGAAGUCUGGAGACCACGUGUAUGGGGAGAUGGGGGCCACUGCCCCACAUUGUGGGGAGCUCUGUGGCUGUGAUGGCUGCGGUUGCUGUGCCUCUAUUGGAAUGCUAAGUGCCUGCAACUCACAUCGAUCAUAGAAUUGUGACGCAUAGUUGGCAAAAUAGUUCUUUAUGAGGUUUCUCAAAAUCUGAGGAUAAACCCAGAUUGGGAUUGGAAUAUGCACUGUAAAUCAUAUUUUUCUUAUCUACAAGACUAAUGUAAAAAUGAUUUUUUCUUCUGUGCCUGAUUAAAAUAAUUAUGGUUUUUAAUAUAAAUAUUUAUUUGUGUGCUUUGGGAGAAAAAUGUUCUUUUCUUGAAAGAAUCUACCAAAGCAAAUUUGUUAUCUUCACAAGUUAAUGGGAGAAUGUGGUUUUGAUUUUGGGUGUCUGACUUAUGUAAACACACAGCUUCCCUGUGUGAAGACAGUCGUCCUGUGCUGCUCCUACUGUACUUUUUAAAAUAGGAAAGUCAUGGGCUUCAGCGAAGGGUUCCUCAAUGUUGAAGUUUUUAAAAAAUAAAAGUGUUGUUUCUAAGCUCUUUCAUUAUCGGUUUGCAUGAUUAUUGGCAUCUGCUUAUGAUGGUUUUAAUCACUCAGAGCUAAUGGCACCUUUCCUGACCAUUUAGCCUCAUUUUAGAAUGCAGUCAACACAUGUAGACUUUUCACGAAUAAAUGAACCACUUCAACCUUGGUUUUCAA